AUGGGGUUCCUCUUUCGCGUGUCCUCCGCUUCUGCGUCCGCUAACGGGGCCAGGCGCCUCCUCCGCCGAGCAAUCCAGGCUGCCUACUCGUCUUCAUUGGGCUGGCAAUCUGAUUCAGGCUAUAAACCUGGGGCCAUCGGCAGGGCGCUCAGAGGGGAAGGGGGAGGCGGCGGGGGACAGCGCGCUGCUCUCUGGCCCGGUUCUUUUAUCCCUCUCGCUCUGGCCGCAUCUGCCGGUGCUGUCGCUUUCGGAUUCGGCCCACACGCCGCACUAUGUGAUGCCGGGGAUGAUGUGAGGUAUGCUGAGCUUGUUGAUGUGUCAUUCUUCGUGUUAUCACUUCGAUCACUGAGUUCACACCUGUAUCAUUUUUCUUUCUUUUGGUGGGUUGUAGCAUGGGAGGGGAGGGGAGAGCGGAAGUGCUGUCACGGGCUGCUCACAGGGAGGCGCCGAUGGAGUUGAUCGACGAGCUUAUAGCUGUUUUUGGAGUAAGUUCUUCAGUCUAUCGGCUUGGAAAAAUGAAGAAUAACACUAUUUUCUAUUGACUGAUCCGCUGUACGUGAAGAAGUUGAGCAGUUAAGGCAGUUCUCCGUAUCUAUGAAUCAAUGCAAGAUUGUGACCAUAAUAAUGGUAGAAAAACCAGUAAACCAUUUCCUGCUGAAUUUUGUGAUUCCGAUAUCCAUCUCUCAAAAUUUUAAGAAAAAAUGAUAUUGGGUUGUCAUAACAAUACCAAAAAACAGAGUGAGAAUUACCCAAUAAAUGCUCAGUAUGAAUGAAAGAAGCAGAAUAGGCCAUCGUUUUUGAUUUUAUGACUGAACAGGAAUUGAAAAUACUGAAGUAGGCAUUUAACAGGUGCUUCUCUAUCAUCCAUUAGAUGCAUUGGUUGAUGGACGAUUGACGUUGUUGCACCAAUGAACUGGGUCACGAUGAACCAGUUUAAUGUUGAGCUCUAUUUUCUGUACAGGAUAGCAUGACGCUGGACUACGAAGAGAGGCAUUUUCAUGGGAAGCCACAAAACAGUUUCCACAAGGCUGUGAAUAUUCCUGAUGUUGUUGUCUAUCCCAGGUAAAAUGUUCCUAAUUCCGUUGUUUAUUACAUAUCAUUGUAACCAUAUUUCUUGUCGUUAGUUUCCUAUACUUUUUCAAUCCUUUUUCUUCCUCCAGGGAUGAGAAAGCUCCUCUUCUGAAUUAGCGUUCUGGAGAAAUGGUUUUUCUAGUUUCUAUUUCGUCAUAGAAAAUUAAAAUUUUUUAGCCACUUGAUUCAAUCUACCCCGAAGACCCGAAGAAAUCAAAAUCCGGAAUCUGUUCUUUGUAAUGAUAAUGCAAAAAAAAAAAGAAGAAGUUAGCUCCUGUUUGUUUUCUACUAUCAUAGGUGUUUUUUAUAAACAUUUUUCUUUUUCCCUGGUAGUAUGUCUAGAGAGUCCUUAAAAUUUCUCCAUCUAGAUGGGCUUGCAUCAAAGGUUCUGACCUGCUGUGGAAAUGAUUCAGACAUUUUUAUUUAGUAUAGUUCCAUUUUUUCCGAGUUUCUAAUUCUGAUGUUGUCUCUAACAGUCUUAGCUGUUUUAUCUAUUAAAUAUUAAUUCCCUUGGAAGAUCCAAUUCUCUAAGCAUUUUACCGAAAACGUAGGAAACAUUAUUAAGAAGCGUACACACCUUCCUGACCGUUGAGGCAGUAGUAGAAGUAUGGGCAUUUAUUUCCUAGGAGUUAACCGUGGAUAGCCAAGGCUUUUAUUUGUGUUGAGAAUUGAUCUUGAUUGAGAUUCUUGCAACUUGGAGAAUGAAAGGAGUUGAUCUUCAAGAUCCUCCUCUUCCAGGAAGAUGAAUCAGCCACCACUUCUUGGACCUGAGUUUCUGCAAUCCCAAAUUCGUACAUCAAUUAUCAUGGUUUCCCGCUUAAGUACAGGCUAUAUGAGUUAAUGGGCCAGGCCCGUUACAUUAGUCUUUAAGUGGAUCUGUUAACAGUCUAAUGGAUCCACUUAACAUAGGGAGGAAAAACAAUCCUAGAAAGUUCAAAAAUUUGCAAUAUGGAAGCUUUUACAAAUAAAAGUUUAAAUAUCCUUAUGAAUAUAAUUUUUAUAUCGUAUUAUAAUUCGUCAUCGGAUUAGUUGUCAGAGGUGUGCACCUACCAUGAAGAAUUUCCUUCACUAAUACUUAGAUGGUUUAGAGAUUUAUGUUGUGAGUCAACUAGACCUUUGUGGACUAUCAUCUCUAUGGCCUUCAAGUCCAUUUGUUGUUUUUUUCAGGUCACAAGAGGAUGUGGUAAAAACUGUAGCUUUGUGUAACAAGUAUAAGGUAUGGGUUCUCAGUUCUGAUUUAAAUUCUGUAGUAAAGUAUUUAAUGGUACUUCUAACUAACAGGUACCCAUUGUUCCAUAUGGAGGGGCCACUUCCAUUGAGGGUCAUACGUUGGCUCCCCAUGGAGGUGUAUGCAUCAACAUGUCCUUCAUGAAUGUGAGAUAAAUCCUCCGACAUUCUUAUGAUCCUAUGAUUGGUUUUUUUAAUUAUCUUUUUGGAUGUUAUAUAGCUUUUCUCUUUUGGAGAGAUUACGGACUGCCUUACAUUUGUCCCUUGCGGAAAUUGUACCAAUGAGGGCUGGAUCUCCUUGCUCCAUCUCAAUUGUUUGAGAAUUAAACCUAAAACUCUCCGUCAUAAGAUUUUAGAAUUUUAAGUCGAUAUCAAUCUUAUGAAGAUUCUAGCUUCCUGUAUCCUCCUAUCUGUUUCCAGAACUCCCAGUCCAUUCGUUUUUCUCAGGUUACAUGCCUAUUUAUGUGUAAUUUAACAUAGAUGGGGAAAAUGUCACACUAGUAUAUUCAGUCACCUGAGCCUGCUCCUGCUGGCAGGUUCAGUCGAACUGAAAUUCAGAAACCACCAAACUAUGGCAGAUGUAAAGUCAAUGCGGUGCAUGCAAUGUGAAAACUUAUGCACGAGAGCAAACCAGCUGCAAUUAUGUGGACUUGAUUGUACUCCAAGGGUAACAAAAAAUGCUCAUGCAAACCAAGCCACCUGUCUUGUCAUUGUAUAUACCCACUUCGGAGCAAUAAUCUUGCUGGAUGUUUGGUCAUUUGUGUUGCUUUCAACCUCCUACUAGAGGUGCAUGGUAGCAUCAGGGUAUGGUAGGACUGGAGAAUCCAUGUCGCUUUUUGCUUUGAAGGUCUUGGGAAUACAUUGAAGUGCAUUUGACUUACGUCAAGGAAUGAAUUAAUUGGAUGUACUUGAGAUAUGGUCGGAGUGUCUUGGUAGCUUGUAUUCUCACUGAAGUCUAUGCUCACAAUACCCUCGAAAAUGAGAUGUUUUCCUCUAAAGAUCUUAACCAUGUGACACAAUGUGUCUUAAUGCAUGUUCGGGAUCAAAACCAUGGCAAUUGUGUUCGUCCCUGAAGGUCUUGUGUUUAAUAAGAUGCAACCGUGUUGGUUGAAGAGAAUUAUCUUCUCCCUGUUAAAUUCGUUUGUUCUCCUGCUAGCUUCCUUAUUUAUUGUUUCCGCAAUCUGAGAAUAUUUUUAUAAACUUUUUAGUACAUUAUAAGCAUUUUUGAUCAAGCAAAAUCAAACCGAUUUAGUGUGAUUGUCAUUGGUUUUAUAUAGAAGUUUUCACUGUAACUGUUUUCCUCAUAUGGUUAUGCUAUCGUAACCAAACUGUUUCCGACUUCCUGUACCAAUGAUACAGAAAGGCAGGCUGGGGGUCUCAUCACUCUUUGUUAUUCUUCUUUAAGUUCUUGAAUAUAUUUUGUUCAACUUUGGUACGCCCCUCAUCUCUUCACACUAAUUAAAUGUAUCUCCAAUCCUCUUUAACUAAUGUCUUGUACUGUGGACUCAUGCCUGGACAAGCUUAAUCAUUUUUCACGAAUCUUGUUAUCUGUAAGUGCAAACCAUUUUACUUUUUCAUUAUCCAAUGGAAACAUUCUCAAUUAUCUUCAUUGAAUAAAAUAUUUUUUUAACGAAAUCCCUAUUUCUGAAUUCCAACCACGAUUUGGAGACUCAUCGCCCUUUAUUCAGAGGUGUAGAAUCAAAACUUGGCCACUCUUUUACGCAGGCUCAAAGUAGCUUCUCAUCUGGCUACAUUGCUUUGUCCAUGAAUUUACAUACUUCUUUUUGGAAAACAAAUUCUAUUAAUAUUUUGGCGACGAAAUAGCAAAUUUCCUUAUCAUGAGCUAAAAGUUUACUGUUUCUAUGUUAGUUUACAUUUAUUAGGCUCUUUUUUGUUUCAGAAUGUAAAAGCAUUGCAUGUUGAGGACAUGGAUGUUGUGGUGGAACCAGGAAUCGGAUGGAUGGAGCUUAAUGAAUAUUUGAAGCCGUAUGGCCUUUUCUUUCCCCUUGACCCAGGUUGGUGGUUUUAGACUUUGUUCUCACUGGUAUAUUCUGACAUGUCUUUUUGCUUGUUCUUGGAUAUACGGAAAUAAUGGAACCACGGAAUUUUGAAUGAAUACUCACGGAUCUGGAUAGGUGGUCGUGUGAUAAUAUGGUUACUGAGUUGUGUCUUUAAAUCCCAGAGCUGAUCAGUGUAGAGUUUAAUCGUUUCCAUGUGGACUAGGGUGAGAGAGUUGGGCUUGAGCUUUUGUAGUGAGGAAAGAUUUUAUUCCUUGAUCUUGUUGGGCUUGGGGUCCGAAAAUAGUCAACAUCUCAAAAUACUCUAUAGAAUUUUUGAGUGCUUAUUAAUGAUAUAUGUGGUUACUAUCCACUUUAGGAGAAACAUUUAACGUCAUGCCACACAAUGGCCACCUUCUGUAAAAAGUAAUUUCUAAUUAAAUGUAAAUUACAUCCAGUGUUCUGUCAGAAGGAGAUGGACGUCAAUAUAUUUUUGCUAUUUCGUCACAGCUGACAAUAGUUGUUGUCGAUGGUAUCUUUGAUGUUCAAUUAAAGAUUGCUGUGUGUCAGGCAGUUGCUCGAUCGUGCAAUAGUAGUUUCAAUGGGUACUGUAGUAGAUGUGGGAUGACGUCCUUCGGCAAUCCUUUGUGUUGUGGUUCUGCCUGAAUUUGGCCAACCUAUAUUGGCCUUUGAGCGACUGAUUUGAACAGGCAAUUUCAUGCUUUUAGCCAUGGCUAUAAUUUAAUAUGGAUAAGGUCAAAUCUUGAUAAUGUGGUUAGUAUAGUAAGUGUCAAAAGUUAUCCUGCCAUCAAUCUCAUUUCUUAAUAUUUGGAGGUAAUUAGAACAAGACAUUUUUCUAUACUUGUUUUCGACGUGCAUAAAUGAUGAUUCUAAACAAUGUAAUUUUGGCUUUGACCUUAACCUCUUUGAAUUUGAUUUGGAAUAAAGUUAAUAUUUUCCUGCCCUUUAUGUACUUCAGGGUGCACAUUUUCUUUUGUAAACAGGCCCUGGUGCUUCCAUAGGAGGCAUGUGUGCUACCCGCUGCUCAGGUUCUUUAGCUGUGAGGUAUAAGUUAUGUAUAUUUUUCAAUUCUUGCAAAAAUAAUUCAAAAAUGAUUUUUUCUAGUGGCCACUGAUUUUUUUUAAUGUAAAUAAAUGCCAUGUUCAUUGGACUCAAUAAAUCUUUAGCGUGUAGGUAUGGUACCAUGCGAGACAAUGUCAUCAACAUUCAGGUCUGGGAGCCAAUUCCUAUGCUUUAAUGUAGUUAUCCAUUCUGGCUGCUUAGAUGUUAUCCACCUGCAGGCUGUUCUAGCAAAUGGAGAAGUAAUCAAGACAGGUUCUCGUGCUCGAAAGAGUGCUGCAGGGUAUGAACUUAAUGACUGGGUGUUAAUUACUGGUUUUCAGAAACGGAUGAAUUUCUGUAGCUCUGUAUGUAAUUGGUAAAUUGAUACCUGGAUGAUUAUAGGAGGAUUUCAUGUAUUAGGUUUUUUCUAUCAUGGUACAUCUGAUAUUGGAGGGGAGCUUGUAUUCUUGCCUUAAGAGUUUAUAAAAAUGACACUAAAUUAGCCUAAAUUGACUGGAUUUUUCUGAUUCCGGACGGAUACUACCCAUUUUCUACAAAAAUAGUUGUCAGUGAGCUCUUAUUUCUAAUCAUUUUCUCAGGUAGCCUGUAGAAAUCAUUUUAAUAUUUCACUUUAAAUCUCAGAUAUGACUUGGCUCGUUUAUUGAUCGGAAGUGAAGGAACCCUAGGAGUAAUAACAGAAGUAACUUUGCGGCUACAGAAACUCCCUCAGUAUUCAGUGGUACUAUAUCUUUUGUAUUAAAUCGUUGAAUAAUAUUCUAAUCAUUUAUUGAAUCUUUCGUUCAUGUGUUUAUCUACUUGUACUCUCUUCUGUAGAAUUCUGCUUGAAAAUUUUAUGCAUGUAUAUCCCCGGUGAUGGCCAUUGUAUGGGUAGUUUUUACUCAUGUUUAUCAAUUUCUUAAAUCUACUUGUAGGUUUUCUUCAGUCUAAAGUGCUUAUUUCUGGUUGGAUACGUAGUGUCUAAGGAUACCUUUAUAUUCAUACCUGACAGAUUGCAGAGUGCUGUAGAAGGAUGUACUAAGAGCACGCCAUGAUUUAUGAUUUCUUACAUAAGAUGCACCAUGCUUCUUGGAGAUGCAAUAUAUAGUAGUUUCAUGGACCGUUCCUUGUUAUGGCUUUACGCCAGUCAGCUAUUAAUAAUUUUCGUUGUAAAUUUUGCGCAAAUACCUUAAGCUGUUCAAGGUAUGGGUCAAGUGCUUGGUCAUAUUUGUUUGAAGCAGGAAUGGGUCUGGCCUGGCUUCAAGUUAAGCUUGUCUUAGUUGGCCCGGGUGGAGCCCAUUGGAAGGCCUGGCUCUAGUCCUACAGAGCAUUCCCCUUGGUAUUCUCUGAUCUAAUGGAUAGAGUCAAAGCCCGUUUCCAUCCUAGACACCCACAUUCACCUGAUUUUUCAUGCUGAUCAUUCUGUUUUUUGCGCUGUUGAAGCUGCAUGUAAUGGGUUUGAGUGCACAACCUCUUAUCCCUAUUGCCUUGAUCCUAGAGGCAGUCAUUCCUUUCUUUUUUUCGUGUAAAAACCGUGUCCUUGACAAUUUGGAAUCUAGAUUGAGUUUUAUUUUGAAACUCUAAGAUUGAAAACUAUUAAUGAUUAAGUUUCCUCAAGGUAGUGAAAAAAUAUUAUUUUAAAAGCAGGUGGGCAUGAAUUGCUGCUAGGUAAUGGAGAAUAAUUCUCAUAAGGUCUCCUUUGUGAAAUAUAGUCCGUAGAAAAUUACAGAAUAAAGUAUGCUUCAUCUUGACUGGCCAGGAGGAGACAUACAAGAUCCGCUGAUUAGGAGAGAGGCCUUAUGCAGGGAGACCAUUUACCCCUCACUUAACCAGAGGAUUGGGUUGGGUCACAAGCUUCUGAACUUAACAAGAGGACACGUUCGGUGCCUGGGAACGCCAUUAUGAUCCCACAGUGUAGGAUGUGGGGAUGGAACUCUCCCAUAUCGUAUUUGUCGAUUCCAUAUUCUACAACUAUGUUACAUGUCAGAGAUUGGACAAAACUAAUGCAGAAAUUUGAAAGCAGAACGAGAAGUGUAAAUCCAAUCUAUACAGAAUAGAAUUUUGUUAGGUUGUUGUAUCAAACUUACUGAUGUUGCGUAUUCCUUUGAGAAUUUUUAUAAGUUUACUAACAUUACUUAUUUUGCUCGUCAUCCUUGUACCUUGUAUCCUUCUCCCAUUCUCUAUUGAAUCCUCUCAUCUAGGCUUAUUUUUCAAUUGUAGAACUUAGUUCUCCUUGGAUUCAUCAAUCUGAUUGAACACCCUAAUGCCUUUCUCCACUUUGGGUCUGCACCACAGCCCUGUGCAAGUGUUGCAUAGUCUUCUGGUUCACCAAUCUCUCUGUCUGCCGCUGCUCCCGUUCGCUCCUUUGAUGCACCAGAUCCUGCUGAUACUGACUGCGAUUCACUGGUGUUAAUAUACCUGCUUAUUAAGUAUGAUGGCAUUUCAGGUUGCAAUGUGCAGUUUUCCAACGGUUAAAGACGCUGCUGAUGUAGCAAUAGCUACAAUGCUAUCCGGGAUACAGGCAAAGUCCUUGAAAUCUCAAUUUUGUUUCUCUUUACAUAAUAUGUGGGGAUAUCUUCUCAUCAUUUUGUUGUGUGCCAGCCGUCAAUCACAAUUUUUUUAAUUUAACUUCGAAUAUAUUUCUCAAGCCACAUUGGGUGAAUAAUGCUGAGUCAAUGCUGAAAUCAGUUUAAAGAACAUCUGAACUUUUGUUGUAUAUAACAUGAAACUUGACGUGGACUGGAAGUAAUCUAUAUCUUUUCUUUUGAUUUGCAUAUUCACAGCAUAUUUUAUGUUCUCCCUGUUUGCUCAUUAUUUUUUCCUGCACAUUCAACCCUGUCAACUGCGCCAGCGAAUCUUUGGGUGGAUCUGACAGAUAUUAUUUGGUUAGAAUUCGUAGCCCCCUCAUCUCUUUGUAUGUAGAGAGGGGAACGGGCAUUACGCCACAAGACCUAAUUUGACUCUUAACUGAGGCUAUCGUCAAUAUUUUAUCAGUAGAGAGCUGUGGAAGCGUUUUUAUUUUUGGUAAAAACCAAUGAUAUGGUGCAAUCUUGAGAAAAGUAAUUUUUUUUGUUUGUAGAGCCAUUUGUAUGAAGAAUGCUACUUGUAUCUUUUUGUAUUAUCCCUUGAAAAUUGAGAGGGCGAGUCUAAAAAGCACGAUUUACAAGUUUGCUCCAUAGUUUUUUUUACUUGAAUUAAAGUUUUUGGAAUACAAACUGGACCACAUGUCGGGACAACCAUUAGGUCUUUGCGUGAGUCUUUCCGGCCCAGAAUUUUAAUUGCAUAGUAAGAUGUACACCCAUCUUUAAGGACACGAUGGCUUUAGCAAUAGAAGCACCGCUGCAAUUGCUCCUUGAUUCCCAACUUAUUCUCUAGUGUGCUUCCGCAGCUGUCUCUUGUCUUUCUGCGUACAUUGAUAUCCCCACCAUUCAUCAUUGUCACUGUCAUGGCAACUAUGGCAUAAAUAUGGCUAUAAUCCAGAAGAACUCUAUGCACAAUUUCCUCGACAUGCAUGCGGAUCAAUUAUCGUUUCCAACUUCUUUCUUGUCAAAUAAUUCAUCAUUUCAUAUUUUGAUUAUUUAAGGCAUGGCUCAUGAUGUUCGUCAUUUCUUUUCAUUGCUGUCAAACGUCGUCUUGGACUGUACAUUUCAACUCAGAAUAUUGGUUGCAUUUGAUCAUUUGAGUCAUAGGAUACUCAUAUCCUUAUGUCUCCAUCUUAUUUUUUUUCACCAGUCAUAACCCAGAAAAUGAGGACACUAAGAUAUUAUUUCAAUGCAAUACAGUUUGGUGCAUUGUGCUUAAUUUUGUAAUAACUAGUGUCAGAACGAGAGUAAUAUUUAUGUAAUUUCAUUCGUUUACAAACUCUUGCAUAUUGUGAAGUUCCAUUAUUAUUCUAUUAUGUUCACGUAUGUGUAGUCAUGUAAAAACAAAAUUUUAAGAUAUAACGGAGUUAAAUUUGAAACUUUUGUUUUCAUUUAUUGCAUUCACUCGAGCUAUUCCCAGAAAGAAACAUGAACUUCAAUUCAACUCACCUGUUCUUAAUUAUUUGAAAUUUACGAAAUUAAACCUUAAUUAUGUUUAAAUGUUUGCACUUCUUGAUUAUUGUUUUUGCAUGAUUGCUUUUAAUUAUUGGGCAUUGCUUAGAAUGAAGCUUAGUAGUUGCUCAGCUCGGUUUGAAUAUUAUCUUAAUUUCAUUUCUGCAUUAAUGCGGAAACGCAGCCUUUAGAAACCUACCUGGCUAACGAUAGGGCUAUGUGUUGUAAUUCAGACACUUCAUUUGCUGGUUACACAGUAGAAACGGAGUUCAGGUUAAUUCCAACUUGGGACUAGCUCACCUUGGCCGAUUUUUUCUUGAAAGUACCUCAGUUCAAAAGGAAUUAUAUACCUCCCUUGAAAUUGAUACUGGCUUGAAUGACUUUUUAUUCCAAUGGGGUCUAGUUUUCCUACCAUGUUAGGGACAUUAUCUUUGUACGCUCUUCAAAGGAAUUAAUCAUUCUUUGGAUUUUUUUUCUUGUAUGUUCUAAUCUUCUUCUGUUGAAUUUCCUCUAGUUCCUUCGUUUCUUGAAGAACGACAGACCUUCUCGUGGAAGGGAAAAAUGGAACUUCUAUUCAAAACAUAUGAGGGAAAAACUCCUUCAAGAUUCAUUCACGUCGAGACAGGGAUCUGUUAUUUAUAACAGAUCCAUGGGAGAAGGUUCUAGACAUAGAGCCUUACAUCCCGAGACAUACAGGUGUUGUUCGCGUGCUUCUUUAAGUGAAGCACGUGAUACACCUCACCUCAACCGCUAACGCAGUAUUUACACUGUAUUUCAACAUCUUCCAAUGAGGGAUUUGUGUUGACGCUUUUCCAUAAAAAAAGUAUUACAAGUUAUGUAAAAUAUUGAAAUUUAUCAGUUUUUGAUUUGGCAAAAAAAAACUUUCUCCUGUCAGAAUGUUAAUUUUAUUUUCUUUUAUUUUGUCCUUUCUCUAGGUCUCAAGGGUGGAGCUUCUGGACGAAGUUCAAAUAAAGGCUAUUAAUAUGGCUAGUGGAAAAAAUUUACCUGAGGUCCCAACAUUGAUGUUUGAAUUUAUAGGAACCGGUAAUUGUGCUUCUUCUAUUUUUUUCCAUGUGCAGAAUCCUCAAUUUUGCUUCAUCUUUUUAUGCUUGGAGUUCAAUUAAGUCAGGUAAAAUAAAUGUGAAUAAUUUCGGCUGUAAUGUAUUUAUUGUAGAAGCUAGUUUGAAUUUUACUUUUCCUCGUGAAAAAUACAUUUAUUCAUUAGAGUAACCAUGGGAAGUUGUGCAAUUGAGGACCGGUAUUAACCUUGGCAUGCAAUGAACCAUAUAUCCAUCUUGCUAUUCAUUGAAAUCUCCAAAUGCGGACCUUGCUUGAAAACCCCUGUCCUGGCUGUCAAGAUAUGAAGCCAAUGAGCAUACUCACAAAGGUUUCAAUUAGUAUUGUUUAUUUCAUUCCUUGGGGUAUAUUGCGGCAUUUCAUGGGGACGUUAGGAUUCAAAUCAAAACGUUCCCAAAUUUGAUCAGUGCAGUCAAGGUUUUUCCAGAAAUCAGUAUCUAACUAGACAUACCAGUUACUAUCAAUGUAAAUUUUGGAUCUCACUGACCGCUCCACUACUAGGUGAGGAACAACAAUGGUAUCUGUGCUUGCCUUUCAGCUUGAUGUAAAGAGGGGGUACUUCUCUCUCAGAAACUGUGUGUCAAUAAGAAUGGAAAGACAGUAUGUCCACUUCCAACGGAUAGAAUGGAGAGACUUGUUCACUUGGAAAAAGGAAAUCGUAAUGUCAAUGGUAUUACAUUGUGCUAAUAGAGUUCUAUGUACUGGAAAUACAUUGGAAGGAAGUGCAGUGGGGUAGAGCAUCAAUCAGGAAAUAUAGCACAAUUUGUGGCAUACAUAACACAUCCGGUAUUUACAGUUGCUUGCUCUCAUGAAUAGUCUUGAAACCCUUCCUCUUUUGAUUUGUACGAGUAGGUAAAUUUAAGUGAUCUGAGUCAAUUUAUUGUGGUCCCAAAGUUCAAAGGGAUGGUGACAGCAAGCUACGUCACUUUCCACAACCUCAUUCACCCUCUUCGCAAAUGUGGUAACUUUCUAAAUGUCACAUUCAAAAGGCUCUUUGGAGAUAUCCCGGAUUUCCUCAGCAUGUUUCUCGAUGUCAGAUAAAGGUAUUUAAAGCUCUCACAUGCCUAUUGUGGUUCACAGCCGGGACUGGAUCCUCCAUCUAUGUUUUGAUCUGAAUGAAUGCACUCGGAUAGAUUAACUGAAUCUGCUGUUUAAGGACAAAAUCCAAUGUCGUUAGUAAUUUAAAUAAAGGGAUGUUUACACAACUUUCAUAUUUUGGACUUAAUAUAUUUUUACUGAUAAGUAUAUAACAAGAAAAAAAAUAUGCAUAAUAAGGUUGAUAAUGCCAGAACUGGCUCCUGGUAGAUAAAAGGGCAAAGACAAACUUUCAGCGGAUGGCACUGACCAUCAAUGUAUUUUUCAGUGUUGAAUCAUGCCUUUGAGUCAUCUUUCUUAAUACAGUCGGUAGCAUGUAUAAGCCAUGAAUUAAAGUUGAGAAUGGACAUUUUAUGUCUGUCAGACCCUUUUUCCAAGAAUUUGAUGGCUCUUCUACAAUUUUAGUAAUGACUUUUCAUUGAAAAGAGUAAGAAUUCCAUUCUAAUUUAUAUUGCUGCUACACAGUUUGUGACCCAUUCCUGAAACCCUGCAAAAUUGUUUACUUCUAUGUUUAUUAUAUCAGAGACAUAUUCACGAGAACAAACAUUGAUUGUUGAAAAGAUUGUUAGUGAACAUAACGGCAGUGAUUUUGUUUUUGUUGAAGACCUUGAGGCCAAGGAAGAACUAUGGAGGGUUAGUCAACUAUUUCUAUUCAAAUGUCUUGAAACCUCAUUUUACUAGAAUUAUGAUCUACUUGGUUUGUUCACAAUGUAUCUUUUACAAAAUAUAUUAUUUUCUGCUGUCACUGGAGAUUGUAUAAACUCUCUCUGAGAGUACUUGCACUCUAGUAAUUUUUUCUGAUCAUGCAGUACAGUGUUCAUUAAUAUGAUAAAAAAUUAUUACAACUAUACGUUUGUAAACUUGAAUACGUCAGAAUAUAAAAGGAGCAUAUUUAUGACUUGAGGCUGAGAAAUCUGAAAAAAACCUUUGGGAAAGUCCGAAAAGGAACAGCACAGGACUUUCGAACCACCAAUCCAACCUGAUUCUUGAUCUCUGAUAAAUAAACAUGAUAAACCAUGGUGACUCUCCUUACAUCCACAGGUGUCUCAUUUGAUAAGGCUGUUCUUUAAUUAUUCAAAUGGGUAAGACAGAAUCUGCCUUUCUUUCCUCUUUCCAAAAUUCAGAUAGCACUGGUAAGAGGUAUAUCAAAACCAGAAGGAUGUUGCAUGCGAUAUUGGAUUAGUGAUUCUCCUGAUAGCUUCUAGAGGACUAUCCAAUUUGUCUUCCAUCAAUCUUUGAUUUCUUUUCCCUAGUUGACCCAUGGCGUAACUGGUGAAAAUAUUAUCCUAAACUAUUUGCAUCCUAUAGUGAAUAAUAAGUGCUUCCGAGGAUCCUUCAAACCAAAACCUCCCCCGAACCAUUUAUCCUCAGUCAUGGGGUAAUUUCCCAAAAGAAAAUAUCUAUUGCUCUUGGCAUCCCAUUUUCACGGCAAGCUACUUUCAAAGAUCCACACUCUGGUUAGAUGAUGCAGCAAUAUACGAAAUCAUCAGUUUCAGCCCAUGCAAGAUUCCUUUAUUGUUCCUGAGAAUGUUAUCUCACUUUUCGAAUGGAUCUUCAUUUCACUGUAGUUUUUUCAUGAAGACUUCUUUACUUGAAAAUGAAUCAUUUAAACCCUAGGGAUCUUCCCCCAAAAGUGAAAAUCCAUAUCUUCAAUUUAUUUGUUGAGAAUAAUCACUGUUUCAUGUACAUGGUAUCUAGUUAAUUUCCUUGCUAGAUGGUGUGUUCAUGUUUAGAAUUCCAACAGGUGGCUUACAUGUGUCUGUUGCAGUUUAAUUCAUUAUCAUUGAGUUCAUGGUCAAGAUAUUUUCUGCUCAACAACACUCAUUGUCCAUUUUUAAUCGAAUACUGCAUUCUGGGAAAUAGUGUAGUGCACUGGUUAGUUUUGUGGAUUCAAUAGACCACUGAACCAAAGUGCACUUAUCACAGUGUUCAUCUGGUCAGUGAAAAAAGUUUGAUUUAAGGAGAGGACUUGCCUAUUUAUAUUUGGGUGAAAUGUCUAUAUGUUUUGGGCCUCUUUCAAUUUUCUAAUCCAUUAUCGACGGGAAGAUGUGUAUGCAUCCAAAUGGGAGUCGUGUAUUUCCUAUGGUCAUUAUUCUGUUCGUGAUAUGUUUUUAAUUACUUGCUGUAGAUAAGGAAGGAGGCACUUUGGGCAGCUUUGGCUAUGGAACCUGACUCCGAAGCAAUGAUUACGGUUAGGAUAUGGCAAGCUUUUUGGUUUAACUGUUCUGAACCGUUUUCAUUCCAUGAAAUUUUAUUAGGAGGACACUUGUCCUAAAUACCUUUUCCAAAUAUUAGUAAGUCAGCACAACUUUGAAACUUUCUGUUUUAAUACACGUAAGCUAGGAGAACCAAAAUUUGCUUUAGCGGUAGCGUUUACCAUGGCAUCACACAAAGUUACCUUUUGUUAUCUGUAACAUCUAUAGACAUUUUGUACUAAAAAAGUUUCGAACAUAAAACAUUCAAUAUUUCGAACAUUGAAGAGAAUAAACUGUAAUCCAUCUAUGAUAGUUUGCAUAUUCCAAAAGGAAUAAUGGGGAUGGUUAUGACUAGAUCUUGAGUUAAGAAAACUAUGGAUACCAGAAAUUUAAACAGAGCUCAACCCAAUACAGAACUUGGUGUUUCUCAGAUGCCAAAGUAAAAAUUCAAUAUCAACGACUAGAAAGCCAUGUAAACCAGAAUUUUAAGCAUAAAAGUUUGUAUUUCUUAAAUGUAUGGUUAAAAGUUGAUUAAAAUUAUGUGAGGGCGUUGUGAUAGCAAGAACAUUUGUGUCAACCGGAGUUACCUAGUGUCCAGGGUGGAGGCACACCUCUGUACUAACCUCGUGCUCUGUGGUAACUUCCGUUUUAAAGCUACCAAACUAUGUAUUUCCCACACUUCAGUUCGAGAUUUUCUUAUUAGGAAGAUACUGCUUCAGCCCUUGUUCAUCGUUUCUAAUUGUAUUUGUCCUCUUCGGACAUGAGUUUGUCUUCUUUGGUAGCUUCUCAGUUCGCCGUCACCUCUUGGAUUAUUGUUCCAUGGUUUUUAGUCUUUUUCUUUCACAUAUUUUACACCUGCGGUCGUGAAGAUUCAGUGGAAGCAUUAUUUUCAUGGAUCAUUGGUUUUUUACAGAACAGAUUGGUGGGACUAAAAAUGGCAUCCGGCAUGUUCCACUUUGCAUUCUGGUCUGCCUACUGUUCCCACAUCUGAAGCCAGGAGAAUCACCAUUGAUGUGCAGAAGUAUCGUGUGCAACCUUGUUGGAUUCUCUGACAAAUAAAUCAAUAUAUCCUCAUCAGUUCCUCAUUAGGAUAGUCUGUGUCACUAUUAUUCCAUCUAGGGUAAGUCAAGCCGUUUACCUCUUUUGUAAGUGAGUAUGGUUCUCCUAGUUCAUGCUAUAAAACACAGAGAAGACACGAAGGUCCUAGACUCCGCAGAAUAGUCCCGGAAUGCUGUCAUGGCUUCAGCUGUUUGUACUUAGGAUGAAAAGGGAAUUCUACAUAUUCUGCUGUUUAGUAUUUUUUCUGAUCUAAUAUAGGAUUGGGCUAGUGCACUUUUUUAGCAAGUCCGAAGAUUUAAUUUUCCAGGGCCUGUGUUUGAUAGAUUCUUUCUUUCUUUCUUUCUUUUCUUUCUUCCAGGAUGUUUGUGUUCCUCUAUCACGGCUUGCCGAAUGCAUAUCUGUAUCAAAGAAAGAGUUAGAUGCCUCACCCUUAGUGUGGUAUUGCCCUUCUUUAUCCAUAGGACAAACCUGCAAGGGCAGCUAGCUACGGGUUUGACGGAUAGUAUCUGAUCACUCUUCCCCACUUCAUCCAGCGCGGUUAUUGCUCAUGCUGGUGAUGGGAACUUCCACACUGUGAUCCUGUUUGAUCCGAGCAAGGAGGACCAGCGGAAGGAAGCAGAGAGGCUCAAUCAUCUGAUGGUGCACACUGCCUUAUCCAUGGAAGGUUGGACAAUCUCUUCUGAUACACUGUUGAAUCCGUUUGCUUAGAAAUGUCUGGUAGAAUCUUAUUUAACUGCAAUAUAUUCAGGUUUUUUGGUAUAUGCUCAUCGGCAUAUUCAUAAUGUCUUGCUCUUCAGUGCACUGGCCAGAUAUAAUUUCCAGCUUGCCGAUUGCAGUAACCAAUUUCCGUGGCCAGUUUUUCCUUAUUUUAUCAGAUUGAUUACCUUUGAUGGGCAUCUCGUUUCAAAAUCUGAUCAUCAGUUAGGAGAGGAUUUGAAUAAAAAAUGAAGCGUGGUCUAUUACGGAGGCUUGGGAGAUGAUCCAGUUGUUUGCUUGGCAGCGAAUGGCACCUCAUUCAUGCACAGAGAUUUUUGACUUAUCCUCUGAAUCUGUUUUCUAAUGGGGCCACCGCUUUACAGGCACAUGCACCGGAGAGCACGGCGUGGGCACCGGGAAGAUGAAGGUACGAAGCUUCCCUCCCAUCAUCUUGGAGGUUUCCCAUGAUAUAUAGAAGCAAAGAGGGGAAGCCCUUUCCUUUCUUAGGGCUUGACCUCCAUCACACAUCUUCUACAAUUCCUGGGCGAGUGGAUGGAACCAUCCGUCUAUUAUAUUAUGUGUUCAUCUUCAUCUUGGUCUCCAGGAUGCUCAGACUGACUCUCUCUCUCUCUCUCUCUUCUCUGAUAAUCUCUCUGAUAAAAAAACUGCAUGGGGGAGAGGAGAGCCAGAGCUGGGCCUCAUGGGGGGGGGAUGUCCAGCAAAAAUCCCAUUUUUUUCCCGUCCCUUUCCUGGGUCAGACUGAGCUAGGGAGACCCUGACCUUCAUUUUUCUACCUGGCUUGUGAUUCCUCCUCUGAUCUAAAAAGUUCGGCGAGUCAUUUCUCUCUCUGCCUUUCCAGUACCUGGAGAAAGAGCUCGGUCUGGGAGCGCUGAGGACCAUGAAGAGGAUCAAGGCCACUCUGGACCCCAACGACAUCAUGAACCCUGGAAAGCUCAUCCCCCCCCAUCUAUGCCUCUGA